AUGACUUCAUCCCUCCGGUUAGGUCAAUGCGUUCGCGGUCAAAAUGGAUUAUACACCAUUGGCAAGCAACUGCAGGAGACGGUUUGGCUUGCGAGGUACGAUUACAAAUCUAACGGUAGAUUCAGCCUCUCAUACAACCAACAAGUGAUCCUGAAAAGUGUCACUCAUUUUCGCCUUCGGAAUGAGCGUGAUGUUCUGAACCGCUUUCAGUGUCGUACCCCUUUCAUACGUCCUUUAAUUGACGAGAUAGUCGAGCCGUCUGAUCCACCAGCAAUAGUCUUGAAAUAUCUAGACAAUCACCUUUUGAAUGCUUCUGUCUCUAAACGACUUACAAAUCAGGAGGUCAAAUAUGUUGCGAGAAGGAUUUUAGAGGCGCUAAAGGUUCUCCAUGAAAAUAAUUUUGUACAUACUGAUAUCAAACCCGACAACAUUCUCGUAAACUAUGGUCAAGGGGAUGUACGGUUUACAGAUGUUCAACUUGCAGACUGUGGGAGUACGGUUCCUGCGGAUUCAGCGUAUGCCAAGGAUGGCGACUUGAUUGGAGCACCUAUUUGGAGGAGUCCCGAAGCGCAGCUCCGAAUUGGCUGGGGCACACAAACAGACAUAUGGUCUUUUGGCGCCUUACUUAUAACCUUGCUCUAUGGAGACAAUUUCUUCCUUUUCAAACCAGAUGUUCCCGCGGAUCAUGAUGAUUACGAAUUAAAGAUUCUUCAGAGGCAGUGUGAGUUGUUUGGGCCAUUCCCUUUGACAUACCGCGAGAUCUGCCCGCCGGAAACCUUAAAUAUCCUGGCAUACAUCAUGAAAAGCAUUCCUCCCGAAAAGAAAAAACCAUUUUCAAGGAUUUCCGAACAGGAGAUAUCUAAGGAGGAUAAGGAAUUUAUUCUAAGAAUAAUGAAGCUUGAUCCAAGGGAUAGACCGUCAGCAAGGGAGCUUCUGCAGGACAAGUGGUUCGCGUGUAUAAAUACAUAA